AAAAAGAUUGCGGAAACUCGACGUGUCCAGACACUCCGUCUCCACGACACACCGUGGUUUCCCGUGUGGACGUGGGAGUGGGAUAAUUCUGUAAAUUCCCACGUGCCGUGGCUUCCGAGCGGCGCGCGUCCCGGGAGUCUGCGGGAAUGUCGUCCGCCCGUGACGCACCGGACGUCACUGUGGGCUGGCUUUCACGCGGACGUGUGGAGCUGACUGACUCCGUCUCGCACCGGGAAACCUGCUGCGCCGACUACUCUCGAAAGACCGCUGACAUUGAGCUCGGUCCCACGGCUGCUUUCAGGAAGAUGGACUCGAAGGGCGAGAAGGACGGCAGUCCAGUGUGUGUGCACAACCCCCACCUGGAUGCCCUGAAGGACGACAUCCUCUACCACUUCAGCCUAGGAACCGCGAGCCACGACCUACCGGCCAUGUUUGGAGACGUCAAAUUCGUGUGUGUGGGGGGCAGCCCCUGGAGAAUGAAAUCCUUCAUCGAAUACAUGGCUGCUGAGCUCGGUAUGGAGGACCCCGCUGCGGAGUACCCAAACAUCUGUGCCGGAACGGACCGCUACGCCAUGUACAAAGUUGGCCCUGUGCUGUCUGUCAGUCAUGGGAUGGGCAUCCCGUCCAUUGCCAUAAUGCUGCACGAGCUGAUAAAGCUCCUCCAUCACGCGCGCUGCACAGACGUUACAGUCAUACGCAUCGGGACCUCAGGGGGAAUAGGGCUUGAGCCUGGCACAGUCGUCGUCACCAAGCAGUCUGUGGAUGCCACCUUCCUACCUAAGUUUGAGCAGGUGAUCCUGGGGAAGACGGUCGUGCGGAACACGGACCUGGACCAGAGCCUGGCUGGGGAGCUCCUGCAGUGCAGCCAGGAGCUGAACCGGUUCAAGACCGUGAUCGGCAACACCAUGUGCACGCUCGAUUUCUAUGAAGGGCAGGCCCGUUUGGAUGGUGCUUUCUGCUCGUACACUGAGAAGGAUAAACAGGACUACCUCAGUAAAGCCGGCGCAGCAGGAGUGUGCAAUAUUGAAAUGGAGUCAUCGGUUUUUGCUGCUAUGUGCAAGCUGAGUGGUCUGCGAGCUGCUGUAGUUUGUGUGACCUUACUGGAUCGACUGAAGGGGGAUCAGCUGAGCAGCUCUCAUGAGGUCCUCCACGAUUACCAGCAACGGCCUCAGACACUUGUUAGCUGCUACAUUAAAAAGCAGCUGAAGGCCAAAGCAGCAGGAAGCCGAGUGUGACGAUUCUCACAGGGGCAAAUGUGAAAAGUCAGCUUUAAAUCAUUUAAUGGUGCACUUGCUUGUUUUCCUUUGACAGAUUUAGUUGGUUAUGGUAUUUUACCUCAUGUAUUGAAUGCAGUUUUGAUAUUCCAGCUUAUGGUCCUCAAAGAUGUCUUUGAAGAAACUGCCUUUUCCUUAAACAAUAGUCAAAGUUCCUGCCUGUAAAACUUGAACUACUUGAUGACUGUUAUUAUUGAACUCUCACUGCAGAUAAAGCACAGGUGUACAUGAUGAGCCACUUAUUCCAGGCUGCUGGAACAUCAGUUAAAUCCUGUACUUUUCCUGCUCACAGGUCAAAUGUCCACUUUCAUUAAAAAGCUGAUUCUGACUGAUA